UAAUCUUGAGGGGUACGCUUCAUUUGGUUUGACUGUUAACCAAUCACAGCGCCCACAAUAUUUAAAUGAAUUAUCAUAAUGAAAGUAUAGUCAAUACUUCCGCCCUUGGCCGAACGGGAGCUAUCAUACUAUAGCUGACGAGAUGAUCGAUCAUGUUUUCACAUUUUAACGUUCUUGUCAAGAAGUGUGCUCAGUUUCGAGAAGAAGGCAUAUUCACUGAUGUACAGCUAAAAGUAGGGAGGACCCUAUUUCCUGCUCACCGUAUGGUAUUAGCUGCUUACAGUGAUUAUUUCUACGCCAUGUUUUCGAAUGGAAUGAAAGAGACGAACCAGGAAGUUAUUGAAUUAAGGGAUGAAAACAUGUCCUCUGAAACGUUUAAACAAAUAAUUGACUAUAUUUAUAGUGGAUACCUUCGCAUAAACAAGGAAAACGUGUUUCAGGUCCUCGCCGCAGCUGAUCAUCUUCAAGUUACAAGCGUUCUUCAAGAGUGUUGUGACUUCUUGAAGAGGGAAGUUCUUCAGUGUAACCUUGAUGUCCGCUGGUACUGCCAUAUUUGCGCAAUUGCCGAAAAGUAUGGCCUGAGAGAAUUGAGAGAGGCGGCCGAAAGCAAGAUGGCUUUGAAUUACCAUGACAUUUGUGAAAGCGAAGAAUUCCUGGCCCACCUAAGCGCAGACAAAUUAUUCAGCCUCCUCAGUCGAGAUGACCUCAGUGCACCUUCAGAGACGUUCGUCUUCAAAUCAGUAAUGCAGUGGAUUAAACACAAGAGAGAAAGGAUAGCAGUAGCGGCUAAAGUUAUCGGAGCUGUUCGUCUGGGGCUGGUGGACAUUGAAGUGCUGAUCCAUGAAUUGAAUACAAGAGAUUUUCAGCGACUUUCAGAUAUUCACAAGAUUCUAUUUGACGCGGCAAUUUAUUUUCACGUGCCAUCGCAGGUGCCCAGGUUUGCUGAGAAAUCAAAGCCUCGAGCUCCAAGCCAAGUUCUUGUUGCCAUUACUCCUGGAUCUCCUGCCAGGUACUUUGAUGGUGUAACUAAAUGCUGGGAACGUCUGACAUCCAUGAGCCAACCACAGCUAGCUGGUUUGCAAGCUGGUUACCGCACAGCUGAGCAUGUUGGCAGCCACUUGUAUGUAGCUGAUAACUUCGGUAAUUUUCAUUGUUAUAGCUUGGAUCAAAAUUUGUGGAGAGAGUUGCCACGCUACCCAUGGUUGGUUAACAACUUAUGCGCUAUAGGUGACUACGUGUAUGCUAUAGGUGAUUACAAUCAAGUUCCUCAAAGGUAUAGCCUUUCCCAGCGUCGAUGGCAACCUAUUGCUAAACUAAGUGAUUGUAGCGACCAUGAAGGUCGUUACUAUGCUGGAGCAACAGUAUUCAAUUCAAAGCUGUAUGUAAUUUAUGGGUGUGCCCAGUUGCAUUCACAUCAGGAUAACAAGAUGCUGAACGCAAUGCUAUAUAGUUUUGAUCCACAAACAAAUCGCUGGGACUUCCUAUCAAACACUUGCGAACCUCAUUUUGAUUCUACACUUUUUGUAGUUAAUAACAAAUUGUGUGUAGCUGGGGGGUACACGUCUGUCAGAAAUAAUAAACCCUGUGGUGAGGAAGCCAGUGUUGAGGUGUGUGAAGGGAAGUACAUGUACUGGUCAAUUGUUCAACAAAACCAUAUUCCCCGGAUCAACAUGUACCUUGAUGCAAUUGAUGCAAUUGAGGUGGAAGGGAGGGUGUAUUUCAUCAUCAACAAAUUCCCAAUUGACAGUGGGAUUAGAAUCUCACCAGGGGAAAUGUAUCCUGUUCAUUUGGGUGAGUGGGAAAAUCUGGCACGAGUUGACCAAAAUGACCUUCUCUGUUAUUUACCAGUGAAGAGGAAACCUUGACAACAAAUUGAUAUUGCAUUAAUGCUAACACUAUCACUAUCAGUGUUUUUCAAAGUGUGCCAAAUUUUGGUGAUUACGUACAUUCAUCUGAUGGUAACUCAGUAUAAAGCUUG